CUCUGGUCAUCCCCUGUACUGUGUCCGCAGUCUCUGGUCAUCUCCUGUACUGUGUCCGCAGUCUCUGGUCAUCUCCUGUACUGUGUCCGCAGUCUCUGGUCAUCUCCUGUACUGUGUCCGCAGUCUCUGGUCAUCUCCUGUACUGUGUCCGCAGUCUCUGGUCAUCCCCUGUACUGUGUCCGCAGUCUCUGGUCAUCUCCUGUACUGUGUCCGCAGUCUCUGGUCAUCCCCUGUACUAUGUCCGCAGUCUCUGAUCAUCUCCUGUACUGUGUCUGCAGUCUCUGGUCAUCUCCUGUACUGUGUCCGCAGUCUCUGGUCAUCUCCUGUACUGUGUCCGCAGUC